AUGAGGUAUGUCGGCUUGAGGGAGAAGAGGAGAAGAGGUUGGAAGAGGAUGGAACAUGUCUGCAUGGGGUCUGCAGCGUGUUUGAUUUUUAGAAGACAAAUCACUCAAAAAGCUCUGCCUGACCACUUUUUGGUGCAGAGAUGGACUACCAUCUUCUCAACUCUUCUAACCUCUUCACAAAACACACAGAACCCUACACUCUCCUCCACUUCCCUUCUUCUUCCCUGCCACCACCACCACCUCUCCUCCCCAUCACCGCCGCCACCACCUCUCCUCCCACAGCCCCUUCGUGCUGCCGCCACCACCACUCCUCCCCCGAACCGCCGCCGCCAACACCUCUCCUCCCACACCCCCGUCGCACCGCCGUUCGUCUCCUCCUACAGGCCGCUGCCACCACCACCUCUCCUCUUCAUAGAUAUCUUGCACCGGACAGUUGGUACGAUCUUCACUUCUACCAUGAUGUGGAGCACGAAAUCUUGCCAAUUUGAAAGAAAACCUAAACAAAUCGCCUUAGAAGUUCACGACGACGAUGAUGACGGAGAUGAUUACCACAGGCCAUCGGAUCUCUCCGAUUCAGACCGGAGAUUCUCUCUCAAUCACCGUCGUUCCACUUCACCAGUCGCCAAUGGUCUCGAUUCGGCUUAUUCGUCUUCAGAGUCUUCUUCUUGCAGACUGAAAGGUUUGGUCCAACUCUUCUGCUACAGAUGUGGUCCGCAGACUGCAGACAUUUCACCUCUGAAAAAACAAACAGCACCUAAGAGAUCUCAAAAACUCUGCCGAAUUAGGAGAUAA